CAGCAGAUGUUUCUAACCAUGCAGCAGUUCAACUUAUCCAACAGUUCACUCACCACUCCUGUCUCAGCUGAAUACCUGAUCAGGAGUAGUAUACUGGGAAUUUGUUUCAUACUGGGAGUCCCUGCUAACAUAGCAGCAAUUAUACAUCUUACUGGAUGGCUGAAGGGAGGCAGUUUCACCCCGAGGCUGAUGCUAAGCCUGGCCAUAUCAGAUCUGCUCACUCUGCUUUCUGUGCCACUUUGGAUUUGGGCAUUUCUGCAUGGUUGGGUCUUUGGCUUGGUCCUGUGUAAACUGCUCUCCUAUUUGGUAUACCUCUGUGUCUACUGUAGCUCACUGUGUAUGAUUUUGAUGAGUGUGCAGCGAUACAUACAAGUGCUACAUCCUGAGAAAUGGAACAAGCUUGGCAAAAAAGGAAAGAAGUUUCUUUUAAGUAGUCUUUGGAUCCUAAGUGGAGUAUUAUCUUGCUAUGUUCUUGUACAGCGCAUCAUUAAAGACAAAAAUAGACAGCUUCAGUGCAUUCCACACUAUCGGAAUAAUGCUGAAAAAGUAGCUACUUUGAUCUGGGAGAUUGUACUAUUUGUGUUUUUUUUCACCACACUGACUUACUUCUACGUCCAUCUUUACCGGGGAGUUAAUAACACAGCUUUUUUUAACAGUCGCUCAUUGACAAAGCUGGUGAUCAGAAUUGUUGCAUGUUUCUUCAUUUUUUGGAUCCCAUUACAAAUCUCAAACAUUGUGCUCAUCGCUGCUGUGCUGCAUGGGAAUGACAGUCUGUUAAAAUCUGCAGCCUCUGUAGUAAAAAUUAUGGCAGCUCUGACUUUCGUUAACAGUUGCGUGAACCCCUUUCUCUACGCCUUUUCUGCCCGGGCUGUACGACAGGAAACAGCUGGAACAGAAGAUGCUUAGUCCUUUCGUGAUAUAGAGGUUUGAGAAAGA